AUGGCAUCAUCAACGACCGCACUGAAUGCCACAGUGGCCGGCCAUCCGAAGGAGAAUAGUAGCUCCUUCGAAGACCCCGUCCUCUUACGGACGACAUUCGCAUUGGCCAUGUCCACCAUGUAUAAGGCGGAAGUACCUUUGUAUGGUCACCUGGUGCGAAUCGUCCAAAACGUCAACCAAAGCAAAGUACCGUCGAUGGAGGAGGCGCAGCGACUGACGCUCGAGCGCCACGGGGCUAUUCGGCUAGGCACUUCUCUAGAACUCCAAACCGUCCGUCGGAUCUUUGCUCUCAUUGGCAUGUACCCGGUUGGAUAUUACGAUCUUGCAGUCGCAGGGCUGCCCAUGCAUGCAACCUGCUUCCGGCCAAUCGAACGCGAGUCGCUGCAGCGAAACCCAUUUCGGGUGUUUACGACCCUCCUUCGGCCGGAGCUAUUGCAGUCGGAUGCAGCCAAGGACAUUGCCUUGAAGCUUUUAAAGAGUCGAUCUAUAUUUAGUGACCGGUUAAUGGAGCUGCUCGAUCUGGGUGAAAGACAAGGUAAUCGGCUCACCGAAGAUCAGGCCGAGGCGUUUAUCCCAGCAGCAUUACGAACAUUUAGCUGGCAAGGGAUUGCAGCGGCAAGUCUUCCUCAAUAUCAGCUGCUCAAAUCUGAACACCCCAUACUCGCGGAUAUCGCCUGCUUCCGAAGCGCCCACAUCAACCAUCUCACGCCGCGAACCCUGGAUAUUGACGAAGCACAGGCCGCAAUGGUGCAAGAGGGCAUGGCUGUCAAGAGCCGCAUCGAGGGUCCUCCGGCUAGAAUAUGUCCAAUUCUGCUGCGACAAACUAGUUUUCUUGCGUUAGAGGAGAAGAUAUUGUUUCCAUUGACGGACAUGCAUACCAGUCACAACGUUGACAGUGGUAAAGAUGCAGCAAGUGAAUUGUCGCAAGGCUCUCACCAGGCGCGGUUUGGGGAGAUAGAAGAGCGGGGAGCGGCAGCAACGGUAAAAGGACGUCACUUAUAUGACAUGCUUCUCGACAAAGCCAUGCAAAUGGCCAAUUCUAUAGCGGCAGAUCCUCCGACGACCGAUAAGAUAAUGAGAGAGGCCUUCGAGGAGUAUCCAGAUAGCUGGACAGAGCUUCGAAGACAGGGCCUUGUAUAUUUUGAAUACCGGCUGACUGGUAAGAGAAUCGACACAUUUGAUAUCAACAAAGAGGAUCCGGGAACAGCGGUCCUGGAAAAGCUUAUUGCGGGCGGCCUGAUUGAGGCAAUUCCCAUCACAUAUGAGGACUUCCUACCCUUCUCAGCUGCAGGAAUUUUCCAGUCGAAUCUCCAGACUCCCUCGUCUAGCGUGCGAGAGACUUCCGCAGGCCGCUCCACUUCCGAUCUUCAAGGCUUCGAAAGUGCUUUAGGGGACCAUGUCUUUAAUCUGGACGAACUAUAUAUUCAGAGGCAGAACGAAAGCCUCACAGCCUGUGCAAGAGCCCUUGGACUUAACGAGCAAGAUCUAGUUGAGGAAUAUAGAGAAGGUUGGUUCUAG